AUGGAUCUUGUUCUGAAUGCAGCAGACUAUUACUUCUUAACCCCCUAUGUAUACCCGGCAUCCUGGGCAGAGGAUGAACCAAUCCGGCAGAUCAUCAGCCUCCUAAUUGUCACCAAUCUUGGCGGCUUCAUCAUCUACCUUCUGUUUGGAGCCCUCAGCUAUUAUUUUGUGUUCGACCACUCACUGAUGAAACAUCCACAGUUCCUGAAGAACCAAGUCCGCCGAGAGAUCUUCUUCUCCUUGAAGUCCAUGCCUUGGAUGAGUAUCCCCACUGUUGCCCUGUUUUUUGCUGAAGUUCGGGGCUACAGUAGGCUCUAUGAUGACGUCAAUAGUUCCCCCUAUGGCUGGUUUGGAGUGAUCCUGAGCAUGUUCUCCUUCCUGUUCUUCACUGAUAUGGCCAUCUACUGGAUCCACAGGUUCCUGCACCACAAGCUCAUCUAUAAGACUAUCCACAAACCCCACCACAAGUGGAAAGUGACAACGCCCUUCGCCAGCCAUGCCUUCCACCCCAUCGACGGCUUCGUGCAGAGUCUGCCAUACCACAUUUACCCCUUCAUCUUCCCCUUACACAAGGUCACCUACCUGGGUCUCUACAUCUUCGUCAACAUCUGGACCGUCUCUAUUCAUGAUGGGGACUACCGUGUCCCCAAAUUUCUGGAGAGCAUCAUCAAUGGUUCUGCCCAUCACACCGACCAUCACCUGUACUUCGACUAUAACUUUGGCCAAUAUUUCACCCUGUGGGAUAAAAUCGGAGGGUCCUACAAGAAUCCCUCUGCCCUGGAAGGAAAUGGCCCACAUGAUCUAUGCCGGAAGCUGGAGGCCAAAGAGCGCCAGGAGAACGGCAUGGAGAAGAAGAGCAACUAA